AUGCCGCCAAAACUUAUUAAAACUACCCACGGAAUCAAAAGCUACAAGUACUAUAGAGAACAAGACAGAUAUCAAACCUUCCGAGGUAGUUGCUCCAAACCACCAUGCUGGAUCAGGCUCUGCGUGAAGAAAGCGGAAUGGAAAACUGUUGGCUUCGUCCGUAUUUGGUCGCGAAUUGAGAGGCCGAGAACGACGUCUGCCGGGAACAAUUUUUCCGCUCCGGUUCCUGCCCAAUUGACCCACAUCUGCCCCCAUGGCAAUCUACCCCACACCCACGAUCCACAAUCUCGAAAAGGGAAAGCCGUCGCUAGGACUUCAUCGAACGCUCUCGUGUCACGCGUGAACGAAAAGGCCAUCGCCAUUGGGAGUACACUUUUGGACGGAAAGGGGCAACGGUAUUUGGACAAGAUUCGUGGCCUAUUCAUAAAAUCAGGUCAGGACUCCAUCUACUGUAGCAAUAUGGGAAUGGGGGGGCGAAAUGGAUCGCGGGGAGAAAUGCAUAAUCCAUCGUCGUCGGCCGUCACUGGCGAGGAGAUGAUUAAUUGCAAUGACCCCUCGGGAAGGAGCAAAUACCGACCAGCGGGCAUUGCUGCGAGGAUGGAGCAGAGAAAUCUCCAGCCCGCACCUCCUGAGCGCGAAACAAACAUUCACAUCUGCGAAUCGACUGCCUACAGACGACUAAUGAAGCACGGCCUUUGCGACCGCGGAAUCGUGCCUCGGUUCUAUGGGACAAUGGAACGGAUGGACUUAUCACACUAUCAACCUCACCUGAAGAUGUUUCUUAACGACAAGAAUCCUCCUAGCGCCAUCCUCUUGGAAGCGUUGGUUCUGCAUUGCGACGCCAAACCGAGGAACAUGAUGAUUGUCAGGAAUGACCCGGAAAGAGUGGUCUGGUUAGACUUCGACAGAGCUCAGACCUAUCACGCAGAUAGCCUUACCGAGAGACAACGAGGAUUUAUUGAGGAUGAAGAGCUAAUGGUGUCUCAACUCGCAGAUUCACUCGAAGCUGAUCAUGCACGAGGCGAGAUUGCUGAGACUUAUCUCUACUACUGCACCUAG